AUGGGGAGGGCGCCGUGCUGCGGGAAGGUGGGGUUGAAGAAGGGGAGGUGGACCAGGGAGGAGGACGAGAUCCUGGCGAGGUACAUCGAGGAGCACGGGGAAGGCUCAUGGAGAUCACUGCCCAAGAAUGCUGGGUUGCUGCGGUGCGGGAAGAGCUGCAGGCUGCGGUGGAUCAACUACCUGAGGGCGGGUCUCAAGAGGGGGAACAUCACGGAGGAGGAGGAGGACGUGAUCGUCAAGCUUCACGCCACGCUUGGCAACAGGUGGUCCCUGAUCGCCGGUCAUUUGCCUGGCCGAACUGACAACGAGAUCAAGAACCACUGGAACUCGCACCUGCGCAGGCGCGGGCGGGCGGGCGACUCCCGCGACGACGGCGUCGUCGUCAACAUCGACCUCGUCAAGCUGCCCGGCGGCCGCCGGGCCAGCAGCCGAGGCAUCGUGGCCGCGGCCAAGCCAGCUGGAAAGAACAAGGAGAAGAGGAAGAACGGCAAGGGCAGGAACAACGUAGCAGAAGCGGAGCAGCAGCUCGAGGAGGAGGACGCCAACGUGUCAACAACUACGCCGAGGACUCAGUCUCACUGCGCCUCCGCUGCCCAGAGCGAGGAGCAAGCGCAGGCCAGCGCUAGCGGCCUGACCUCCGAGGAGGACCUGCUGGCCCUGAGCGAGGAGAUGGUGGUGAGUGCGCUACUGGCCCCGGGAAGCCCGAAGCUGCUGGAGGUGGGCCCCGACGGCUCGUGCGUGGACGGUGACGGUGGCCUGUCUGGGGACAGCGGCCGUGGGUCAGGCGGGCCUUCUGGCGAUGUGGCCCAGGAGCUGCACCUCGACGACGACGCCAUCAUGGACUGGGACUCCAUGGGGCUGGACAUCCCGACCGCCGAUGACACGUGGAACCCCCUGGUGUGGGACUACGACCAGACGUCGUUGGUCCCGGAACCGGAAGGAGAGGGGCGCCGGCAGCGGGACGAGAUGAUGUCAGACCUCUUCUUCCUCGACAAUCUCUAG